AUGUCAACGCGUCCGGCUAUUAUUACACCAUCUAUCUAUCUAUCUAUCUAUCUAUCUAUCUAUCUAUCUAUCUAUCUAUCUAUCUCAUCGUUAUCUAUCUAUCUAUCUAUCUAUCUAUCUAUGUCCAUCUGUUCAUUAUCUAUCUAUCUAUCUAUUUAUCUAUCUAUCUAUGUCAAUCUAUCUAUCUAUCUAUCUCAGCCUGUUCAUAUCUAUCUACAUAUAUAUAUAUAUUAUCUGUUCAAAAAUGUUAGUCUAUCUAUCUAUCUAUCUAUCUAUCUAUCUAUCUAUCUAUCUAUCUAUCUAUCUAUUUUUUGCUGUUUCCAUUUUCUAUCUAUCUAUCUAUCUAUCUAUCUAUCUAUCUAUCUAUCUCAGUUUGUCCAUUAUCUAUUCAUCUAUCUAUCUAUCUAUCUAUCUAUCUAUGUCAAUCUUCUGUUCGUUAUCUAUCUAUCUAUCUAUCUAUCUAUCUAUCUAUCUAUCACAAUCACAUACCGAAUGGUUGAAACCAAGUUAACGGAUUCGGCUAUUGUCUUAAUUUUUUAUACUUUUUCUAUCUAUCUAUCUAUCUAUCUAUCUAUCUAUCUAUCUAUCUAUCUAUCUUCGUCUAAUAUAUCUAUCUAUCUGUGUCUUUAA